AUGAAAAGUGUUAAAUGUGUAAGGAUAUUGUUGAUAGUUUGGGGAAUUUCUACUCUCCAAAGGCCCGUCUCCUGUGGUACGGAUGGUGAAACGCAGCCUACUGAGCAGCCAGAAUCUAUCGACGUUGAUAUGAAGAGAAUGGACUUAACCAAGUUAAAUGUUGAAACUGCUCCGGAAUCUCCACAAAUAGACAAAAUCACUCCAAAGGCAAACAAAGUAAUCAAUUCAAUUAAGGUCGACGAUCACACACUUUGGAGAAAGCUACCAAACACCGAGUGUCUGAACAUUUUGAAAUACAGGACAACGACGGAUAAAAUAUUCUUCACGCUGAUCACACUGAACAAUGGGAAAAAGUUUUCCAUUAACGUUCUGUACGACCAGAAGAAUAGAGCCAGUCCAGCCACAGGCACAGUCGCAGGGUCAAGCGACCAGAUAAGACAAACGACAAGCACGUCGGAGCAGUCAAAGACGGAAUGGAUGGAAGGGAUGGAAGACCUCGACGAACCGAUGACCCUGGGAGAAAGCGUAAUAGCGAAGGCGGAGGAGCUGCUGCAAAAAAUUGAAGACUUGCACUCAAGAGUCAGGGAGAGAGUCGUUCAGGGAAGAAACAGCGAAGGAGGAAGCAGAAGCCAUUUAGACGAGCUGGAGGAAAACUGCCUGAGAGAUAGCAUACAAUUUUUAAAAUUCAUUAAGUCGAAAUCGACGAGGGCUGGGCCAGCCGCAUCGCCAAGGGAGGAAGGCCAGACGGUCGAGAAGGCGGUCCCGGAAAAUGCAAACGAGUCAGGAUUCAAAACUAAAGGAGCAGCAGUCACCUUAGCAAUGCUGGCAACAAUUUUAAUAUAG